AUGCGUUCACCAAGCCAGACUCCGCUCCGUGAGCAGACUAGAGAUGUGCAAUUGCACAGCGGAUUCUCUACCCGCAGUCACAUCUUCAUCCGCACCGACACAGUGCUACGCCCAGUACAGCCUUCCUACACUAGCCUUUUCAGCGUCCUGCAACGGACUCCGAAAUAUUUCACUUUAUGCCAGGAUGGUCCACGAGCAACCGUGUACACCGACUGUAUCAAAGUGGCUUUCUUUGACGGACUAUUUGCAACCCAUCCUGAUGCCAUCACACAAGCUCCCGCACUUGCGGUGACUUCCCGGGAACUGGAUACCCCGAAACCUUCCGCUCCCCUGGACCCUCAACCUACUACCUCCCCUCAAACUCAGGCAAUCGACCGACACGGUAGAUAG